AUGCCUUCCAAGAACGGAUUCAAUAAGCCAACUACUGGGAUCACCCGUGCCCGUAAAGCUGCUGCCGCUGCUAAAAAAGCCCAAAACAAGCUCCAUACUUACCAACCAAAACCAACUUCUGCCGAUCUUUUCAAGGCCUCAAAGAUUGAAAAACGUCCAACCAUUACCAACAAGAGAUUCAACUUAACUACAGAAACUCUUUCUAAUAAGAAACUCAAAAAGAUUGAAAGAAACUUGAAGCAUUUGAAGAACAAUGGGAUUGAAAGUAAAAUCAUGCUUCAACUUGAGGCCAAGAAAGAAAGUGAAAUGGAUAUCGAAGAAGAACCAGAAAAAGUUAAGACUUUGAAAGAUCAGACGACCUUUGUUAGAGAAGCCUUGUGGGCUGUUGCCGAAGAUCAAAGUACUUCUGGUUUUGCCAUUGAUCAAAGCGGUGAGGGGACCACAUUGGGUUAUGCUGGUUUCUAUUAA